UGUAGAGAUACUCACCUCAUUGAGAGGAUAAACUUUCUCCUGUCUGCCCUUGUCAUCCUGAGCUCGCUGGCAUUCACCACCGGAUCCUACAGCUACAUCAUUUCUACCAUCCUGCGCAUCCCCUCGGCCCAACGACGUCAGAAAGCUUUUUCCACCUGCGCCUCUCACAUCACCGUCGUCUCCAUUGCCUACGGGAGCAACAUCUUUGUGUAUGUGAGACCCAAUCAGAACCAGUCACUGGACUUUGACAAGGUAGCUGCUGUCCUCAUUACCGUAGUGACCCCCCUGCUGAACCCUUUUAUUUAUAGCUUGAGGAAUGAAAAGGUGAAAGAAGUGUUGAGAGAGGCAAUGAACAGAAUCAUGUCCCUGAUACUAAGGAAAACCUGA